GAUACAUCAAAAAUAAACUUAUUUAUUUUUUCAUCACAAUUUAUAAUUUUGAAAAAAUGUCUUCGUUGCCGACAAAAGGCUGGAAUACCCAGUUGCGUGAAUUGAUAACCUCACCAAUUACCAUAAUAGCGAUGACCUGUUUGGUGGGCUACUUGGCCUUCGUGCGUACCUUUCGUAGGGAGCAACCCACUUACGAUGACAAGGACUACGAGCAGGAGGGACAUGUCGAGUUGCCAGCUCCUUUGGCAGAUCUCAAACUAACACUCAAGCAGUUGGCCAACUACAAUUGCCAUAAUCCGAAUAACGUAUAUUUGGUGGCCCUGAAUGAAAUCAUCUAUGAUGUAUCCAGUGCUCCCCAUGAUUUUGGACCGGAUGGAAAGUUCCACAUGCUGUCGGGAACUGAUAUUGACGACUUUAUCAGAAAUAGAUCCCUUUACGAUGUGCGCAACAAAGUAACCUUACUGAAGGAAUGGAAGGUCAUGUUGGAGGAUUAUUUCUAUGUGGCUGGAGAAAUUAUUGAAGACGACAAGGAAUCGAAUGCUGGUGAAGAGCCAGCCAGUGACGAGACUUUGUUGAAUGACAUGGAGGCAACUGUAGAGGAAAUUCCGGUUCACGAAUCUAUUCAAUCUGACGAUAAUGAUUCAUUGCGCACAGCCUUGGAUUGCCUGAACGAUGAUGACGAAGCUGUAGACGAAGAGGACAGUGAUAAAGACGAGGAGAACGAAUCGAUUGAGAUGGGGCAAGGCGAUGGUGCUGACGAAACUGCUGAUGUGGUUGCUCCUAUUGCUGCUGGCGAAGAUGAUGCUGUCGAAGAUGAUUCUAUCGAAGAUGAUGCCGUCGAAGAUGGCGCUGGCGAUGCUGCUGGAGAUGCUGGCGGUAAUGAUACUAUGUCCAAUCGUUUGAUCUCCAAUGACGGUGAUGAGACACUCGUGUGGAAUGAAACAGAUAAAAUUGUGGUCAGUCUGUAAGGCUGUCCUAAGCUCCCAUGAAUCCAUCAAUUUACCUCCACACUCUUAUACAUUCUACAUUAUAUACAUCUCUAUUUCCCUUAUAUACAACACACAUUCAACUAACGAAAUCCGACCAAAGUGGCACUUAACCUAUCAUAAGCCUCAUAUAUGAACUUAAGCCCUUGGCCAUAAUAACAAAAACAUAAAUAAAUAUCUGUCGGAUUUUAUGUAUCUGCA